AUGGCCGAAAUGGGAGUCGAGCCUGCGGGCACUGAGCCCCCUUUGCCAUCGCCAGCGGCCACCAACAACUUCACCGAAAACACCCUGUUCACUGAGGCCUGGAAACAUCGCCCACCCUACGAUCCCAAGACCCCCGAAGAAUUCGGGUCGGUCAAGUGGCGGGCGCAGUGCCAGUGCGGAAAGGUCUCAUAUCUGGUGAAACGCGACCAGCCAUUGAACGUCAAGAUCUGCCACUGUGAGAGUUGCCAGCGCAUGCAUGGCGCGCCCUUCCAGCUGGCGGCGAUUUUCCACAAAGAAGACUUGGCCUUCACCCCGGAAGCGGGGACUUGA